CUGUAAAGCAACAAUUCUCUUUUUAUUACAAACAUUGAAUACAGUUUGCAAGAACUUUGAAAAACAAAGAAAAUUAAAGAAAACCAUAAACCAUAUUUUCUUGGUUCAUCACAUAAUUUUUCUCAGCUCAAACCCAUCAAAACAACCAAGAAAAUGCCUUCAAGACAAUUAUCACCAUCUUAUAACAAUCCAAAACCAAAUUUUAAUGCUCAAACAAGAAUUUUGUUCUUGACAUUAACAGUCUCAGCUUGUGUAGUGAUCCUCUUCACAAUUCUAUAUUUCCUCUACCAUCUUUGGUACUCCCUUAUAAAUCGUUCAAGAACCAUUCCAUUUGACUCCAACACGCCACUAAAGCUUCAAAGAUUCUCAUAUAAAGAGCUAAAGAUUGCCACCAAUGAAUUUGAUGACACCAAUAUCAUUGGCAAAGGUGGCUCCGGUACUGUGUUUAGAGGCAUUGCUAGAGAUGGUAAGUUAUAUGCAAUCAAAAGACUCGACACUUUUUCUUUACAGUCAGAACGAGAGUUUCAAAAUGAGUUGCAGAUUCUUGGUGGGUUGAGAUCAUCUUUUUUGGUUUCUUUAUUGGGUUAUUGUGUUGAAAAGAAUAAAAGGUUGCUGGUUUAUGAGUAUAUGCCUAAUAAAAGCUUGCAAGAAUUGUUGUUUAGUGAUGGGAAUUUGGUUUUGAGUUGGGAGAAAAGAUUUAGUGUCAUUCUUGAUGUUGUUAAAGCUCUUGAAUUUUUGCAUUUUGGGUCUGACCCACCUGUGAUUCAUGGUGAUAUUAAACCUAGUAAUGUUUUGCUUGAUUUUGAUUAUAAAGCUAAGAUUUCUGAUUUUGGGUUGUCAAGAAUUAAGGUUGAGGGUGAGUUUGGAUUUGAUUUGUUUAGUCAAGAUUUAGGGAAGAGUCAAGAAUUAUGGAAAAGUCAAGAGCUUUCUGGGAAUUUGACUUCAGAAACUCCAGCAAUUGGUACUCCUGUGGAUACUUCUCAUGAGGUAGAUUUUGCUCUGGCUUUACAAGCUUCGUGUUCGUCGAAAAAUAGUCGAAAAUGUUUGAAUGUUAAGGCUUUGAACUUGAAUUCUUUGAAUUUCAAUGGUGGCAUUGUUGGGGAGAGUGAUGGUAAGGUAGGAGAUGGGAGUAAUGGUAAGGGAAAAGAGGUUUCGGGUAGUGGGGAUUAUUGGAAUAGCAAGUUUUUACCGUAUGAUGACGAACUUGAUAGUAAAGAAUUGAAGUUAAACGAUGUUGAUGAGUCUAAUUCUGGUACGAAACAAUGGGGUAAAGAUUGGUGGUGGAGACAGGACGGGAGUGGCGAAUUGUGUAGUAAAGAUUAUGUUAUGGAGUGGAUUGGGAGUCAGAUUUGUCCUUCGACGAAUCCUGAUUGGGAUGAUGAAAAGAAAAGUACUACUCCUGAAAGAACAGAGUUGCAUAGUUCGAUCCCUUUAGAUAAGGUAGAAGGUUCUGUUGAGGUACAGAGAGUCGAAAAGGGCAAAAAGAACCGGAAAAGGAAGGAUCGGAAAAUGCAGGAGUGGUGGAAAGAAGAACAUUUAGAUGAGAUCACCAAGAAAAAUACUACUAAAUUGAAGAAACUCGAAACAAGAUGGAAGAAGUUUAAAACGCCACAUUUUCGACAAUUCCAUUUCCAUAGGCGAAAGAAAUCUCGAGAGCAGAACCAGAACGAGUACAAACAAAACGGAGAGUUUAGUUUCCAACGAGGAUGCAAGAAAAAGAAUCACCAUUCUGCAGGGAGUGAAAUGUGGAGUGGAGAUCUUUUGAGCAGCACAACAAGCAUGCGAGGCACAUUGUGUUAUGUUGCACCGGAAUAUGGAGGCUGCGGUUACUCAAUGGAGAAAGGUGAUAUAUACAGUUUAGGCGUGUUGAUUCUCGUGAUUGUCUCCGGUAGAAGGCCGUUGCACGUACUGGCUUCGCCGAUGAAGCUGGAGAAAGCAAAUUUGAUAAGCUGGUGUAGGCAUUUAGCUCAAGGUGGGAACAUUUUGGAGCUUGUGGAUGAAAAAUUGAAGGAUGAGUAUGAUAAAGAUGAGGCAAAAUUGUGUAUCAACUUGGGUUUAACUUGUUUGCAGAAAAUACCCGAGUUAAGACCAGAUAUUAGAGAGAUUGUGAAGAUUUUGAAAGGUGAUAUGGAUCUUCCGGCACUCCCGUUCGAGUUUUCUCCCUCUCCGCCGUCGAAAUUAUUUAGCCGGUCUCGGAGAAGACAUAAGUCCAAUGCAGAGUAGCUUGCUAUCUUUUUUCUGGUACAUGUUUUCUUGUUUUUGACAUGUCUUACAUAUUGGGAUUGUUACUGACUGAUUUGUUACUGAAGAUGUUUGUACUGUGAGUUGUAUGAUACUGUAUGUAAAGUAAACUAUUUAUUUCUGCUUU